AUGGCGCCACCUGCGUCAACGAAGAGGAUGGGUACAGCUGCAGAUGUGCCUCAGGAUUCCAGGGACCCACCUGCUCACAAGGUACUCAUAGAGAUCAAAAGAAACAUCGAUGAGUGUGCCUUGACUAGUCCUUGCCUGAAUAAAGCACGUUGUACCAAUAACUUUGGUGGCUAUACGUGUGCAUGUGGGCAGAACUUCAGUGGUAAAAACUGCGGAAUUGAUGUCAACGAGUGUACUGCGCUGCCGUGUUACAACAGAGGAACCUGUAUUAAUACAUAUGGUGGCUUUGCUUGUGUCUGCACCGAAACAUAUCAGGGACAACUCUGCAAUGAGGACGUCAACGAAUGCAACAUCGCGGGUCGGUGUCAGCACGGAAGUACAUGCGUCAACACGGAAGGCUGGUUCCGAUGCGACUGCGCAGAUGGGUAUGAGGGACAAGUUUGUGAAAUAAAUAUUGAUGACUGCGCAGAAUCGCCCUGCCAAAACGGAGGAACGUGCAUCGAUGGUGUUGAAAGUUUCACGUGUGUCUGUGCACGAGGCCACUAUGGUGAAACAUGUGACAUGGUUGUGAGGGAAAAUAUCCCGGAUUGUGAAGAAGGCCGAGAUUCCAUCAGCCGUCUAUACUGGAAUAGAACAACUGCUGGUAAAACGGAUGUAACGGCUUGUCCUCAGGGCACAACUGGUAUUGCAACCCGUCUGUGUUCCGCUCUGACUGAUGUGACACCACCUUUGUCUGUAUGGAAGAUACCUGACCUUUCGCAAUGUAUCAAUCCCAAUUUCCAGAAGGUCACUGAAACGCUGGACAUGCUGGAACAAAGCCCCAACAUCACGGUUCACGAUGUCAUUGACCUCGCCGCUCUUCUUUCCAACCUGACAUCGUCGACGUCGACCGAGGUCAGCGAGCUCCACAUCGUACCGCAAGACAUCACGAUCACCACCCAGGCACUAAGUAGAGUAGCAGACCUCUCGGCGAUGAUCAGCAAGAACCUGACUGAUAAGGAUAUUGAUGAUCUGACAAAUGCCUUUGUUGAUACCGUGGACAAUAUCCUGGAUGACGCCAACCUGGGUGCAUGGAAGACCUCGGACGAUGCCGACAUCGUGACCCAACAGCUGACGUCAGUGGUUGCGUCAUCCGAGAACAUGGCCCUCAGCAUGGCGAGGGCGAGACGUCGACUGGAUCAGAAAACCGACUCGACAACGACCUCAACCAACCAGAGUAUAUCGUUCAACAAGACCAAUAUAGAAUUCGAUGUCGUCUUCGUAGCGGACUCUGAGAGCGAUGAUAGCGAGACGAUGACGUUCGUUCGAUCAGGCGGUAGUCUGUCUCUCCCACGGGAGGUCCUCAACAUAGCCAAUCAGCAAAGCUCUGAUCAGUUAGCUAUCUACAGAGCCAGGUACCCAUCGCUUGCAUCCUUAUAUUCUGCCUUAGAAGAGGAAAGCAUUUCGAGGAUCAAUACUGAUGUCAUGGCAACCAAGAUCCUUGGUAUAGACGAGGCUUUCUUCAAGGAUCUAAUCGAACCUGUUGUAGGAAUUUACAAGCACCAAGAGCUUGGCGCCAAUUUGAACCCGAGUUGUGUGUUCCUAGAUCUCGAUCAAACUUCUGGAGAAGAGUCGGAAUCGUGGAAGGCGACUGGAUGCGAAGUCUACGCCAGCAAUGAAACCCAUACGACCUGUCACUGUUACCAUCUCACCAACUUUGCAGUCAUCAUGGAUGUCCACGGUGUUCAGAGUAGCCUAUCAAACGGCCAUGAGACAGCCCUGUCUAUCAUAUCUCAGAUCGGUGGUUCCGUGUCCAUCGUAGGGUGUGUGACUUCCGUUGCAGUAUACGAGUUCUUCCGAUUGAAGUCGGACAGGAUACGUGUUCACGAGAAUCUAGGAGUGGCCAUUGCAAUCUCACAGCUUAUAUUCCUGGUGGGGAUGGAGCGAACAGAUAUCGUGUGGUUAUGCAAAGCGGUUGCUAUCGCUUUCCACUACGCCAUCACUGCCAUGUUCUGCUGGAUGUUGUUAGAGGGCGUACAUCUCUAUGUCAUGCUGGUCAAGGUGUUCGGUACAGGCAGGAUGGUCAAGAAAUACUUGCUAGCUGGUUGGGGAAUUCCCUUGAUAGUUGCCGGAGUUUCAGCUGGUAUCUUCUAUAAAGAAUACGCAUUAGGCAACGUGUGCUGGAUGUCGACCAGAGCUAUGCUCAUCUCCUUCAUACCAACGGUGGCUAUCGUGAUUGUAGUGAACACGGCUUUCUUGAUAAUGGUCCUGCAUGUCAUGAUGAGAUCCAUGUCAGCCAAGUACAAGAGCAGAGUCUCCAGCAACACAUCACAAGUCAAGGCUGGAUUGAAGGCGGCCGCCAUCUUGUUGCCUCUGCUUGGUCUCACCUGGGUGUUCGGUUUCCUCUCGGUGAACGCUCGGACACUUGUCUUCACCUACAUGUUCGCCAUCCUUAACUCAUUCCAGGGACUGUUCUUCUUCAUCGCCCAUUGUGUCCUUAACAUGGAGGUAAGGAAGGCAUACGAGCGUCGAUACGGCAAGACCAGGGGAGUCGUCAGCUCUACGGUUUUCUCGUCCGUCUCCAACACGGCUAGCGGCAAAGGCGGCAGCAGUAAGGCAUCGGGCAAGUCGAGGUCGAUCUCCGGAUCAUCAUCGAAGAACAAGAGCAACGACACGGUUGCCCUUUGCAGGAAAGGCAGUGAUAUCUCGAACGGCAUGGAUUGUCAUGACAACCCUUUGAAGACUUCAAGUGUUGAUGAAACCAAUAAUCUCAACAACGGAUCAAACACCAAUCAAGAUUCGAUCAAGAAGAAACUAAGCCCCGAUGGACCCCUCCAGCACAACGAAAUACAGUGCCUCGUGAAGGACAGUGAGAAGAACGUCAACCAGGAGAGCCAAAAUAGCGAACUGUCGAAAGAAGCAAAAGUGGCCAUGGAGAAUAUGAUUUCAAAAUCUAACGUCGCUUCGAACAACGAGAAUAUCGCUUAAGAGCAAAGAAUAUUUUGAAGUUUAUAGUGCAACGAAAGUACUCACAGUUUAAUUGGUAAUUUUGUUUUGAGUUCGAUGUUUGAUGGUGAAAGUUCUCAACAAGUAAUUACAUUUAUAUAAGUAGACUCACGUUAUGAACUUGUAUUGUGUUGCACGAUUCCAAUUCUGUAUUUCGAAAUCUAACGUCGUUUCGAACAAUGAGAAUAUCGGUUAAGAGCAAAGAAUAUUUUUGAAGUUUAAAGUGCGAGGAAAGUACACUCAUUUAAUUGCUAAUUAUAUUUGAAGUUCGUUGUUUGAAGUUGAAAGUUCAAAGAAAGUAAUUCUAGUUCAAUAGUAGCUCACAGUGUCUUUCACAGACUCACGUUAUGAACUUGUAUUGUGUUGCACAAUUCCAUUCUGUAACCUUAAGCAGCACUACCCCCAUCAGCGUCUGAAUGGAGUACAGGCAUGAUGGCUAUGCUUGUAUCAUUUUGUAGACCUAAGUAAAUAGUAAAAGAAGUUGAAAUGCACCUUUACCUACCCGUCUUCAGAACGGCUAUUUCUGGAACAAUGUUUGUAUUAAAUGUAUAUAUUGCUAUUUCGACCUUCGUGUAAGUAAUGUGUCUACUGAUAUUUCAUUUAGAAAUAAAAUUGAACCAAAAAUCAUUACAAAUUUCUUCAAAUUUGAUAAAAUAUUGAUUAUACUAUACCUAUGUAACAAAAGCGUACCGCACGCCUACAGGCAUGACGAGUUUCACCUAAAUUAAAUUCGGUUGAAAUUCGAUAGCGAACAUGUCAAAUUCUAUUUUUGUAGUUUUAUCUAAUAACCGUUAGAUGAUUUUAUUGAUAUGUAGCCACAUCAUGGAACAGUUUGACGAUCAAUUUGAUGAUUGAAUACUUGAAAAGAGAAAUGCAUGAAAACAGUGGCGUGCCAUAACAAAAAAUUGCUUACGGCGCAGCUACAGCCAAGCCAACCUAUGUUAGGGUAAAAGUGUACAUAUAGUUUUGUUGUGAGAAAUACCAGUUUCCAGUUUUAGAAAAGCAUUCACUUUGCGCUUAAUUUGUUUGCAUCGAUUUUAGCAGCAAAUCAUAGCUAUGUCCCUAUCUAUUCCGUCCAUGAAUACUUGUACAGAGAUAUGACAUGUGAAUGAUUAUUUACGAUAUAUAUUUGAA